AUGGCAUCUAUGCAAUCUAUGAUCGCCCUCUUGGCCCUGGCGAGCGGGAGUGCCGCAAUGGCUUCUUCUAGCCCAGCCGCUGCCGGUCCUACCGGUUUGUCGUAUCCUUCGGGCUUUGACAUGAAAACCAGUUGGGCCAAUCUUAGCCCGUACACCGACGCCCGGGACUUCAAUGUCUCCAAAGGCUUUCCCUCAGAAUGUGAACUUUCGCAGGUGCAUGUACUCCAUCGCCAUGCGCAGCGGUAUCCGACGCAAUGGCCGCUGGAUGGCGGGGGAAUGGAGACAUUUGCUCAGAAAAUAGCGAAUUAUACAAGGAACCACCCUUCCAAGAAGAUUGGUACCGGUCCUCUGGCAUUUUUGAACGACUGGGAGUAUAUACUUGGCUUGAACACACUACUUCCCACCGGCGCCGCCACCGAAGCCACCUCCGGCGCACUAUUCUGGAGCCAAUACGGCCGGCUACUUUACCGAGCAGAAAGCGGUGAUGCUUCCUGGAAUGCAUCAAUGAAUGUGUAUUCCAAUGGCACGUCACGACCGAAGCCCACCUUCCGGACGACAUCCUACCCCCGCAUCUUGGAGAGUGCUCGCUGGUGGCUAAGCGGUUUCUUUGGCAAUAUUGGAGCCAAUGGCUCAUAUUCCGAGUAUAACUUGGUCAUCAUUCCUGAGGUCGAUGAUUUCAAUAAUACGCUAUCAGCGACUGAUUCUUGCCCCAAAGGUACAGAGCCAGGUGACAAUGCCGGCAAAGUUUUUGCCCCAACUCUUGUUAAGAACGCGCAGAAACGCUUCGCUCAAUACUUGCCCGAGGAUCUGAAUCUGGAUACCUUUGACAUUGUCGCCAUGUUUAACAUGUGCCCGUACGAAUAUGCGACCUGGGGUCAAUCCUCCUUCUGUGCCCUCUUCACCGAGCAGGAAUGGGGCGACUUUGAAUAUUUUGCCGACCUCCAAUUCUAUGGCAACUAUGGAUUUGGUUCCCCGAGUGGGCGCGCCCAGGGAAUUGGCUAUGUUCAGGAGUUGGCUGCACGUUUGCAGUCAAAGUUAAUCAUGAGCAGCGACAGCAGCAUCAACUACACCUACGAUGAUAACACCAAGACCUUCCCGCUCGAUCAGCCAAUUUAUAUGGAUAUGUCUCAUGAUGAUAUUAUUGUAUCUGUAUUGACAGCUCUGGGUCUGGAUUACUUCAAGUACAGUUCUCAUGGCAUGCCUACAUCAGUCUCACACGCUCCAAGACGCAACUUCAACCUAAAUCAAAUGACUCCAUUCGGCGCUCGUCUGGUUUCCGAGCUCUGGACUUGCCCGAAGAAUUUCUCGUUCGAGCAUCUCCAACCGCAGAAAUACAAUAACCCUGACUUAUCAUCAGACUCUAAUACUACUGAUUACAUUCGCUUUGUUCUGAACAACGCACCAGUACCCGUGGAUGGGUUGACUGCUUGUGAUGGUUCUGUGAAUGGUUUCUGUCCUGUUGAGAAGUUCCUCAGUUCUAUCGCAGAACUAAAAAAGGAGGCUAUGUAUCAAGAAGCCUGCUUUGGUGAUUAUAAUAUUACCAAUCAGGUUGGUAAUGGACAGCCUCGAAAGCCUUGA